UCUUACAACUAAGCUCUUUUUUCUGUUUUCUCUGUCUUCUGUCUACUAGUCAUAUGGCACUUCAAGGCCAAGACUGAAAGGUCACAAGCAAAAAACUAAACUCACUUUCGAAAUUUUCACCAAAAAAAAAAAAAUACACAAGUAAAUGCCUAUCAAACUCUCUCUUUUCCUUUUUUGCUUUCAGUUAAAUGCGUGUGGUUCUCUUCAAAUCGGUUUCUGGGUCUUUUUCUUUCAUUUCUGAUCAUUUGGGACUAAACCCAUCUGGGAAUACUGACAAGCAAUUAUAUGAUAUGAUGCUUUCAAAUAUAUAAUGGUGCAAUGGAACUGUUUGAUAUGCAAUUGGGUUUGUUCUUUUUUUUUUCUGGGUUUUUGUUCAUCAUCAGUAUAUCAGCUUGUUUUGCAUUGAAAUGAGUUAAAGUUCCAAGCUUUAAUUUUGGUUUCAUUUUAAACUUACUUCCACUUCUCUUGGUGUUGGUGGGUUUAAUGAAUCAGCUCAUUGUGGGAAUGGAUUUGAAAUGAGCAUCAAAUUUAUAGACUCUUGGACUGGGAAAUAAGUUUGGUACUUUGAUUUGUAGUUUUAGUCCUUCAUCAAACAUCUUUUCUUGUGAGCUUCAUAUUUGAUUUCAAUAUAAGUAUGGAUUUUAAGUGAAGACUUGUUCUUCUUGUUAAAUUUGGUUGAGAAUAGUAUAUUCGGAUUUUGAUUAUGCAUGGUUCUUGUGCUGACUCAUUUGUCUUCUUUUUCUUUGUCAUUAUUAUCUGCAGCUUACCACAUGAAUAGGCUGUGGUUAGUUUGGCUGUUUCUGCCAUCAUUAAUCCGAGUUUAUCUUUAUACCAUGAUGAUCUGUUCAAUUUCAUCAUUGUUUAGUUGGGUUUUAUAACCUGUCUAUUUUAUCUGUCUCAUUUCUAAGGACUAUAGGCUAUUGUAGAUCCCAUCUCUCAACCAUUAGGAGAUAAUGCCUAUCAGAAUCUAUAUUCUAUUUUGAGUUUUGGAAAACACAACUCUUAUUAAGAGUUGAAAAUUCCAUCAGUUUAUGUGAAUCUGAAAAACUGUCUGCAUUGGUGCAUAACUUCUUGUGUUUAAUAGAAUCUGCCUGCAUAUUUUCCAAGUAUUCUGAUGGAAAUUAAAAACUUUCACAAUGUAAGCAUUGAUAUUCGUUUUAAUAUUUCAUAAUCAUCAAUUUUUAUAAAUCACUGCUUUCAGCUUCAGUUUUUAUCUGUUUUUCACAAGGGCUGGGCUUGUAAACUCAUAAUGGAAUCAGUUAAUGUGUGCCUGAUAUGUAUAUGUAUCCCAACAGCUUAAGCUUUUGGCAGCAAUGUUUUCCAACAUGUUAUCAGAGCCUUGUUUGUCUAGAAUGUGUUGUGUUCAAAUAGUGGGAAUCCCCAGUCAUUCUUUUAUUUCAGUGUUUUUUGUUUCCAUUGCAUUUUAGAGUCUGAGUACAGAAAUUAUGUGCAGAAUCAUUUAGAGUUGAAGAAAUUAGUUAUAAUGUAGCAAUUAUAAAUAUCAGUAUAUUAUAUGGAUUUGCAAGAAUUUAGAAUCAAUUAGGAUUUUUGAAAAUGGGUUUAUGUAUUAUAACUUUUCUUAGUGAAUGAUCUGUACUCAUCAAACCUGCUAGGCUUAUACAAUGUUGAAUAAGAUAGGACGAGUGCAUAAGAGUUCUAUUUCUGUUUCCAAUUCAUUUAUAAAGUACAGAUUAAAAUUGAAAAGGUAGUUAGCUACCAUAUUUUGUUUUACAAUUAAGGAUAUAUAAUUAGAUUUUGUGAUGAAUUGAUGUGUGAAUUUGUGGCCUUCAAUGCAGAAUUUUUUUUUUUAUAAAGAUGAGUAAGAAUUGAGGAAGCAUAUUCAGAGAGGUUAUCUGGUGGAAGAGGGCAAAUUUUUUUGAACUGAGGCAAAUGGCUUCGGUCGUUCAGAAUGACAAAGACACUGAUAAUAGAGGUCAAGUGUGGAUUUUGGAUCAGAAGCUUGAUCAGCCCAUGGAGGAGGAGGCUAAGAGGCUUAGAAAUAUGUACAAAGAAAAGAAAUUUUCAGCAUUAAUGAUUCUGCAACUUGCAUUCCAAAGCCUUGGAGUAGUUUAUGGAGAUUUGGGCACAUCUCCCUUGUAUGUUUUCUAUAACACAUUUCCUGAUAAAAUUGAAGACCCGGAGGAUAUAAUCGGAGCUUUAUCAUUGAUAAUAUACUCCCUCAGUCUUGUUCCACUUCUCAAGUACGUUUUUAUUGUUUGUAGAGCGAAUGACAAUGGUCAAGGUGGAACGUUUGCUCUUUAUUCACUACUCUGCCGACAUGCGAACAUAAUGAUUAUUCCAAACCAAGAUCAGACUGAUGAGGAGCUAACAACAUAUAGCCGUUCCAUAUUCCCUGAAAAAUCAUUUGCUGCUAGAACCAAGAGAUGGUUAGAGGAAAAUGCAUUCAAGAAAACUGCACUUCUUGUUCUCGUACUCAUUGGCUCUUGCAUGGUGAUUGGGGAUGGCAUUCUGACUCCAGCUAUAUCAGUUCUAUCUGCUGUUGGCGGGAUAAAUGUGGGCCACUCCAUGAUAAGUAACGAUGUAGUUGUGCUUGUAGCUGUUGCUAUACUAGUAGGUUUAUUUAGCAUGCAACACUAUGGUACUGAUAGAGUUGGUUGGCUAUUUGCCCCAAUUGUGCUCAUUUGGUUUUUCUUAAUUGGAGGUAUUGGCAUAUUCAAUAUUUGGAGAUAUGAUAGUAGUGUCUUGAAAGCCUUUUCUCCAGUGUAUAUAUAUCGUUAUUUUAAAAGGGGAGGGAAAGAUAGUUGGACAUCUCUUGGAGGUAUUAUGCUUAGUAUAACAGGAACAGAGGCACUUUUCGCUGACCUAUCCCAUUUUCCAGUUGCAUCCAUACAGAUUGCUUUCACAGUAAUUGUAUUUCCUUGCCUUCUUCUUGCCUAUUCUGGACAGGCAGCAUACCUUUUGAAGAACCCAAAAUGUGUGGGGGGUGCAUUUUAUCAUUCUAUUCCAGAUAAAAUAUAUUGGCCAGUGUUUCUUGUUGCAACUGCAGCUGCUGUUGUUGCAAGUCAGGCCACCAUUUCUGCGACUUUUUCAUUAGUUAAGCAGGCCCUUGCACUUGGCUGCUUCCCAAGAGUGAAAGUUAUACAUACCUCAAAGAAGUUCCGCAACCAGAUAUAUAUUCCUGAUAUUAAUUGGAUCCUUAUGAUUCUCUGCAUUGCGGUGACAGUUGGAUUCAAAAAUCAAACCCAAAUUGGAAAUGCUUCUGGCACAGCAGUUGUGAUAGUCAUGCUGGAAACCACAUUGCUUAUAACUCUAAUCAUGAUAUUGGUAUGGCGCUGCCAUUGGACAAUUGUGCUGAUCUUCACUGGCUUGUCACUGGUUGUGGAGUGCACUUACUUUUCUGCUGUACUACUGAAGGUCAAUCAAGGUGGUUGGGUUCCUCUUGUGAUUGCAGCAGCCUUUUUCAUCAUCAUGUAUGGUUGGCAUUAUGGUACAGCAAAACGCUAUGAGUUUGAGGUGCACAGUAAGGUUUCAAUGGCAUGGAUUCUUGGGCUUGGCCCCAGUUUAGGACUUGUUCGAGUCCCUGGGAUAGGACUUGUGUACACUGAGCUAGCAAGUGGAGUACCUAACAUCUUUUCCCACUUCGUUACCAACUUACCUGCAAUUCACUCCGUUCUUGUGUUUGUCUGUGUGAAGUACCUUCCUGUUCACAUGGUCCCAGAAGAAGAGAGAUUCCUAGUAAAGCGGAUUGGACCCAAGAAUUUUCACAUGUUCCGUUGUGUUGCAAGAUACGGCUAUCAAGACCUACAUAAGAAAGAUCAUCAGUUUGAAAAAAAGCUCUUUGAUAACCUGCUCCUGUUUGUUCGGUUUGAGUCCUUGAUGGAAGGGUCUUCAGACUCAGAAUAUUCUAGUUUAGACGGUGAGGAAAUUGAUCAGUCUGACAACAUCCUCUUUAACAAUAAUGGCAAUACAUGUCACUCCAAUGCAGGUAACACGGUUUCAUCAGAGGACUCAAUUGUGAUCGUUAAUUCUUCAUUGCUUGCAAACAAUACCAUCAGGUCAUGCAGCCAAGCAAGCAGCCAGAUUGAGACUGAUGAGUUAGAAUUCUUGACUGCCUGUAGAGAUGUCGGGGUUGUGCACAUACUAGGGAACACAGUAGUGAAAGCUGCGAGGGAUUCAGGGUUGUACAAGAGGAUAGCCGUUGAUUACAUAUAUGCAUUUCUUCGGAAGAUAUGCAGGGAAAAUAGUGUGAUAUUCAAUGUUCCACAGGAGAGUCUAUUGAAUGUUGGGCAGAUAAUGUAUGUAUGAUGCGCCGGUUCUAACCAUAUUCACCUGUCAUCACUACCUUUAGUAAGGAGUGACAUUGCUCACAACAGUGUCGACUUUGAUAUUACUAAUGGAUAUGGUUUUAAGCUUA